AUGGCCUGCACGGCCCCGGCCUGUGCCGACACCUGGCGAGAGAAGCACGCGAGCGCGCGCCAGGCGGCAGAGGAGUCGCGGCUCUUUGAAGCGGUGCAGCUGAUCAACGCUGCGCUGGAGUCUUUCGAGAACAGCCAGGCGGGGACGGGCACAGAACAGCAGGGCAUGAUGCUCACAGACCCUGCCCGCUUUGCGGCCGAAGCCGCCGGAUCCAUGGCUGCGGGUGCCAAAGUCGACCUGGCCGGCCUUUGGGCCACUCGAGCGGACAUCCUCAUGGGGCUCGGUGGACUCAAGCGGGCUGCAGGGGAGCUUGGAGCGGCAGCAUUGCUGGCGCCCGAGGAGACGCGAGUCAAGGAACUCCUCGCUGAGUGUGAGAAGCUGCAAAAGUACCAGGAGGAAGGCAUUGCAGAAGAUGCGGUGGCCGCGACCCAGAACAAGGUGCCUGUGCACAUCCUUACAGGCUUCCUGGGCUCCGGCAAGACUACCUUGUUGAACCACAUCCUGAGAGAGUCGCAUACCAAGCGGUAUGCGGUUAUUGAGAAUGAGUUUGGUGAGAUCGGUAUUGAUGACAAGCUCAUCGCACGCAGGGAAGAUCUAGGUGCGGAGCAGAUCAUCGAGAUGAACAACGGCUGCAUUUGCUGCACGGUGCGGGGUGAUCUGAUUCAAGGCCUCAGGAGCAUCUUGAAGAAGACGUCGUUGGAAGGCACGAAGCUGGACGGGGUGAUUAUCGAGACCACCGGCCUUGCCGACCCAGCGCCAGUGGCGCAGACCUUCUUCGCAGAUGACGUGAUCCAGUCGAAGAUGCUGCUGGAUGGCAUCAUCACCAUGAUCGACGCCAAGCAUGCCCUGCAGCACCUCCGAGAGGAGAAACCCGAGGGUGUCGAGAACGAAGCUGUGGAGCAGGUCGCCUUUGCCGACCGAAUCAUCAUCAACAAGACAGACUUGGUAAGUUCCGAAGAGGUGAAGGUGUUAACCGACGAGAUCAGGGCCAUCAACCGCUUGGUGCCCAUCAUCUACACGCAGAAUGCCAAGGUUGACUUGACGGAGAUCAUUGGCAUCAAGGGCUUCUCCCUGGACCGCGUGCUGGAGGCGGACUCAGAAUUUCUGAGAGAUGAGCAGGAACACCAACAUGACCAGACCGUGAGCUCGGUGGGCAUUGAAUGUCCGGGUGAGUGUGACCAAGCUCGGCUCAACGCUUGGAUAGCGAAGCUGUUGACGGAACGUGGCACUGACAUCUUCCGCACGAAGGGCGUCCUGGCGGUCAAAGGCAGUGACCACAAGUUCGUGUUCCAAGGCAUUCAUAUGAUCUUCGGUGGCCAGCCCCAAGAUCCCUGGCCAUCGGGCGAGCGCGUGAACCGGUUGAUCUUCAUCGGCCGAAACUUGGACAGAGCUGAGCUUGAGACGGGCUUCAAGUCCACGUUGGCUUGA